AAAGCGGAGCAGCCAGCUUAUAGAUAGAGAGAUUGGGGUACCGCCCGAGGGGGAAGGUGCGCACCACCCUCAACCUCAACUAGCAUAGCUAGCUAACCCUCUUCGCUGCCGCGCGCUGCCACCCACGACCGCGCGCGAGCUCUGGGGAUUCAUGGAGCUGCUCGUCUCGGGCUCGACCGUACUGUCUAGCUAGUUCUGCGGUGAAGGAGGAGGAGGAGGCCGGGAAGAAGGAAGAAGAAGAGGGUGUGUGAGGUUUGCUAGGUUGGUUCUCGCUCGAGUUUGUUCGAUCGGCGCGCGGCAUGGACGCCUACGAGGCGACCAAGGUGGUGUUCGCGCGGAUCCAGGGCCUGGACCCGGACCACGCCGCCAAGAUCAUGGGCCUCCUGCUCAUCCAGGACCACGGCGAGAAGGAGAUGAUACGGCUCGCCUUCGGCCCGGAGGCGCUGCUCCACGCCGUCAUGGCCAAGGCGCGCAAGGACCUCGGCCUGCUCCCGGGGUCGGGGCCGGGCACGCCGACCUCCGCCUCCCAGGCAGGAGGGCACUCGCCGUUCAUGCUCUCGCGCCAGAACUCCGGGCGCGGCGGCGGCGGAACGGCGCCCUCGCCGCUCUCGGUCUCGUCGCCGUCCUCGUGGGCCCCGCCGCCCGUGUUCUCGAGGAGCAACAGCGUGAGCAAUGGCGCCGCGGAGGAGAUGGCCGGCGUCAGGGAGGAGCUGAUGAGCCCGGCCAACGGCCCGCCGUCGCCGUUCUUCGGCGGGGACUCGCUGAUCCUCGACGAGCUCCACCUGCAGGACCAGCUGGCGUUCCUCAGCGGCGACUCCGGCAUGGGCGGCGGAGGAGGGCGUCAGCUCCCGCAGUUCGACAACGGCGAGUGCCGAAGCCCGGGCGCCGGCGACGGCGGGCUCUUCCCGUACGGCGCAGGGUGGGCCAACGGCGGGCCCGGGCACCGGCGGAGCGCGUCCGUGAGCGAGCUCUGCUUCGGCGGCAGCGACGGCCUCGGCUGGAAGCCGUGCCUGUACUACGCGCGCGGGUACUGCAAAAACGGCAGCGCCUGCCGGUUCGUGCACGGCGGCGGCCUCUCCGACGACGCCCUCGUCGGCGCGAAGAUGGACCAGGCCUCCAUGGAGCAGCAGUGCCAGGACUUCCUCCUCCGCUCCAAGUCCCAGCGCCUGGCCGCCGCCGCCGCCGCGUUCCCCUACUCACCCACCGGCUCACUCCCUGGCUCCCCUUCCGCGGCCAGCAAGUGCCUCAGCUUGCUCCUCCAGCAGCAGCAGCAAAACGAGAGCCAAAGGGCCGCUGCCGCGGCGGCCGCAGCAGCGCUGAUGCUGGGCGGCGACGACGCGCACAAGUUCAUGGGCCGUCCCCGGCUAGACCGCGCCGACUUCGCCAGCCUCAUGAACCCGGGGUCUCGCCAGAUUUACCUCACCUUCCCGGCGGACAGCACCUUCCGCGAGGAGGACGUCUCCAACUACUUCAGCAUCUACGGCCCCGUCCACGACGUGCGCAUUCCCUACCAGCAGAAGCGCAUGUUCGGGUUCGUCACCUUCGUGUACCCGGAGACGGUGAAGCUGAUCCUGGCCAAGGGCAACCCGCACUUCAUCUGCGACGCCCGCGUGCUCGUCAAGCCCUACAAGGAGAAGGGCAAGGUCCCCGACAAGUUCAGGAAGCAGCCGGGCGUGGACUUCUCCGGCUGCGGCUCUCCCACCGGGUUGGACGCCAGAGACCCCUUCGAUCUGCACCAGCUCGGUGCGAGGAUGCUGCAGCACUCGAACAGCGCCAACGAGAUGCUGCUGAGGAGGAAGCUGGAGGAGCAGCAGCAGGCGGUGGAGCUGCAGCAGGCGAUCGAGCUCCAGAGCCGGCGCCUCAUGGGACUGCAGCUGCUGGACCUCAAGUCACGCUCCUCCGCCGCCGCAGCGCCAACUCCGAUCGGCAACCCUUUCAGCCCCAAGCACACCACGGCCGCCAGCCCUAACCAGUCGCCGCCUGAUUCUGUGGGAGAGCAAGGCAAUGGCUGCGGCUUCCUUUUCCCCCACAAGGCGGUCAACGGAGCCGAUAAGGAUGAAUCCUCCGGCGAUUCCACCAGCCCUAACACUGACAGUGACCAAAGCGCGGAGCAUAACCUGCCGGACAGCCCGUUUGCGUCGCCGACCAAGGCCGCCGCGUUCGCCCGUGGCCCUUUCGCGCCCACUGAGGCCGAGAUCUCCGCCGCCGCUGCCUCGACCGGUUGCAACGCUGCCUACAUCGGCAUCGGCAAUGGCGCGAGGAAUGGCACUAACCAUCUCCUGCCCCCUGCAUUGGACAUACCCUCACCAAAACCGUACUUCUUCCCCAUGUCCAGGCUGUCCUCCGAUCACGGCGCGAUCGGGAUGUAAAGUAGGCCCUGAAUGGAAGUGAGUAAUACUACUACUGCCUAAUCAUAGAAUACUAGCAGCAAAGAAAAGAGAAUAGUGCACAAUAUACUAGGAAAGAAGAGUGAAGAAGUUGCAGCAUAGUUUUAGUUUCAGUCCCUUUUUUCUUUCUUUCUUCCCCUACUCCUCUCCAAGUUGAUGGUACCAGCACAUUACUAAACCACAAGAGGAGAAGGAAAACAAAAAACAGCAGCAGCCCCAAAGGCUUUAAGAAUACAGUGCCACAUACAGUAGGGCCCCUCCUAUUAUUACUACCAAAUGCAUUAGUUACAGUUAGUUAAUUACCACUGUUAGUACUACUAGUACCAAUACUACUACCACCACCAACCCCACAUUGAUGUACCAGCACCACACUACAGCCACUACACUAGUUAUGUAGCAGCAGCAGCACAUUAGGUGUGAUGAUAAUACAAUGUAACAGCAGCAGCAUACGCUAGUGCUGUGCUCGCUGUAUUGCAGAACAGUACAAACAGAGAUACAAGAAGUGACAGGCAGGCAUAGCUAGUGUGCUGUGUUGGUGUAUGUAUAAUUUCACAACAUGAAUGAAUGAAGAUAUGAACAAAUCA